CAGGCGAUACACGACCAGAAAGUAGUUGUGUACCAAGAAGUGUAGUUCAAAUAUUUCGCAUGCUUAUUCGUUGUAAGCAGUAGUUCCUAGUCGAAGAACCACAUUUCCCUAGAAGGAACCAGAGAACGCUUCUGAUGAAGGGUCUGCAAAGCAGAAGUCAUUCAAGAGGAUUAUCGAAGCCGUUGUUUAAAUGGUGAAAACACAUCGUUUUGAAGACUGCUGAGCCUCGCAGUGAAUCCCUGACCAACUGACCUUCCUGACCCUGUCCACAAACAUGGCGAUCCUGUUUGCGGUGGUCGCCCGCAGCAGCACCAUCCUGGCGAAGCAUGCGUGGUGUGGCGGUAAUUUCCUGGAGGUGACAGAACAGAUCCUGGCUAAGAUACCGUCCGAGAACAACAAGCUCACCUACAGCCAUGGCAGCUAUCUCUUCCACUACAUCUGCCAUGACAGAAUCAUAUACCUCUGUAUCACCGAUGACGACUUUGAGCGGUCGCGUGCGUUCAGCUUCCUGGGAGAGGUGAAGAAGCGUUUCCAGACGACGUAUGGUUCCAGAGCUCAGACAGCUCUGCCCUACGCUAUGAACUCAGAGUUCUCCUCCACUCUGAUGGCCCAGAUGAAGCACCAUUCCUCUCCUCCAUCAGAUCGUCUGACUGAGACUCAGAUGCAGGUUGAUGACCUGAAAGGCAUCAUGGUGCGCAACAUCGACUUGGUGGCUCAGAGGGGAGAAAAGCUGGAGUUGCUGAUUGAUAAAACAGAGAACCUGGUCGGCUCAUCUGUGAGUUUUAAGACCACCAGUCGUAACCUGGCCAGAGCUAUGUGCAUGAAGAACCUCAAACUGACUGUCAUCGUAGUGGUGGUGUCACUGGUGGUCCUGUAUGUAGUUGUGUCUGCAGCCUGCGGAGGACUCAGCUGGCCCAACUGCAUCAGGAAAUAAGAGAGGGAGAGGAUGGGGAGAUGGGAGAGGAGGGGGAGGAGGGGGAUAUAAGAGAGGGAGGCCCCUCCUCCUCCCUCCUUUCUCCUAGUCAGCAGGGAGGAGAGGAUCCUCUAUUGGACUGCCUGAUCCCUCCAGACAGAAUGGUGACACAACAAGGCAUCCAGAUAGUGGAGAUGGUCUGCUUUCUCUUCCUAAAGAAAGAAGAGGAUGAGGGAUGUUUAUUUCUGUCCAAACACUUGUGAUUGUUGGAUAUGGAGUCUGAAGAUAUUGUUCUACUGGAAUUCAGUCCAGCUGUCCUCCACUGUCCAGUCCAGCUGUCCUCCAGCUGUCCAGUCCAGCUGUCCUCCAGCUGUCCAGU